UGAUCAUCAUCGUGGUCGUCAUAUAAUUGCAGAUGGUAGCGGUUUAAUUUGUGCAUCUGUCUGUGGUAUUCAGUCAUAGAUUCUCUGAUACCUGAAAUUUUUUCAGGGACUUACAUUUAUGUAUAGAUAGAUACUCUGAUUAUCUCAGAUUUCCUUGGAUUUUGGGAAAAAUGAAGAAAUUGUAGUCAUCAUGCAUUCAUGACAAAGCUCAGUAAAUUUAAGGAGUUUUGUUCCUGGAAUUCUGUGUCAUCUGGUGUAGCACUGGAUUCGUCUCUUGGUUCCUUUAUUUCUUUGUUUUUUGUUUUGGGUAUUGUGCCUUCCUCUGGGCUUCGUUUGUUGUUUCAUUUGCAUUUGUAGGUUCAGUUUGAAUUCCUGCUUGAUUUAGAGGAGUAAUCUCAAUUUUUUAUUGUAGUUUUUUCUGGAUUUUGUUUUGAGGGAAGGAAAAAAAUCUUGGGGUGUGGGGGUGUUGCAGGCCUGAGGAUGAUGGAUGUUUGAGGAUGAUGCCCAUGUAGUUUUGAGGGGUGUUGAUGGUGGCUGGUUGCUGAUCAGGAGCACAGAGCAUGUAUUUCUCAAGUUUUGGCUACAUCAAUUGAGAUGAUAUUUUUUCAAGUUUUGUUUUUCUAAUCCUUUGGUUAUUUUAGACUGGAAGAUUUUGAUUUAUAAUUUUGUUCUUGAUCAGUAGCUGCCAUUCAGUAGUUGCAGGGGGUUUUGGGUUUCUGAGCUGUGUGUAUUGAUUUUGAUGGUGUGAGUUCUCAUUUAGAUAUUGAUAAACUCUCUGUCCUGAGUGAGGAAGGCACAUAUUUGUUCUAUGUUUGAUACUUUCUGUAUGUAUGGUUGAGAUUUUCAGACUAGAGUUGGGCCCUGCAUGGUGAGAAUAUAUAUGAGAUUUAGUUUUGGCUAUAUUUUGGUGGCAAAGAUAAGAGUAUGGAAAUUGCAGAGCUUGAAGCUUGAAUGAUUUGUAUUUCAUUUUCAAUGAUUGUAUUUUUCAGUAUUGAGAUGAGGGAUUGAUUUUGCUACUGGUGAGAGGAAAUUAUUAAGAGUCUGAUUCUGUGUCUGCAUGAGAGGUUCUGACUUGGUAUUGUCAGGGUGAUGACACCAGAGAGAAUAAAACUCAUAGUAGAUGGUUGUUUUGUGCUUUUCUAAUGGUUAAUGCUGAGACGGGUAUACUACAGAGAGCCGAUGAUCACAAAAAGUUGCAGAGGAAAGCAUCACUUUGUUAGUAGGGAUUCAAAUCAAUUUUGUCAUGAAAUUUCUGUAUGGUAUCAUUGAUGAGAAUUUUAGCAUUAAAAAGUAAAAAACCAUUUUGACUGAUACCUCUCUCUAUGAGUUAGAAAUUGUUUAUUUUUGGUUUUUGAAGGUUCAUCAUUAUUGUUUAUGCUUGGUUACUUUCAAGAGGGAUUGAAGAAUACAGAGCAUGGUUUUCUUAUCCAUCUCUGCAUUGAGGUAACAUUUCUGCCUGCCUGAGUUAUUAAUCUGAAAGUACUGCUUAGGGUGCUGCUAUUUCAAGAGUAACCAAAGUCCUCGGGGGCAUCACUAAUUGCAAGGCAAUUUAUCAGAAGCUCUGCCUGGGGUUCAGGGUAUGACUAAUUGCAAGCUAGUUUGUCUAUUUUACUGACUGCUGCUAACGAGGGGGCAUUAUUAGCCAACUUAUUUCACCUGUUGCCAUUUGAAGGUUUUUACCCAUUUUUCAAUUGCAAGAAAAAGGAGUGGGGGGUGUUUUCUGCUACUAUUUGGUCUCAAUGUUGGCAGAAUGUGAUAGAAUUACCCAUGCGGCUUGCUGGCCUGAUAAGCCUAUGAGGGAUCAGGCAGCCGAUUUUGAAACUAAUCAUAGUAACAAGGAUUCAAGUUUCACCGCUGAUGACGGAGUAAAUAUAUGGAGUGCUCUACCAGAGGAUUUAAUGGACAGAAUUUUCUCAUAUCUGCCCCUCACAAGCAUACUUCGUCUUCGUUGUGUUUGCAGGAGAUGGAACUUUUUGGUUCAAUCAAAAAGAUUCCAGACUGCCCUGUCAAGGGUCUGUACUCCAAAGCCAUGGUUCAUGCUCUGCACAAUUGGAAGAGCAUCAUGUUCCUAUGAUCCAUCAAUGAACAAAUGGCACACCAUCAUAAGGCCUGCCAACAACAGUAUAAAGCUGCAAAGUGGACCGGUGAGAAUAUCACCCUGUACAUCCAUUUUAGCAGUAUCAGGGAGCCUCCUCUGCCUUGGAAAUCAAGUUGCAGAAUGCAGAGUCCUUUCAAUAUGCAAUCCCAUCACCAAAACCCUAAGGCAUCUGCCUAGAAUGCUACAAGUCAGCCUUAUCCACAAGGUCAGCAUGAUUGUGGAUUCCUCAAAUAAUUGCUACAAGAUCAUGGUCUCUGGAGAAAACGGGUUGCCAACCAUGAUUCCUUACACAUAUGAGCUCUUGACAGAGGUCUUUGAUUCCUCAAAAAAUUCAUGGAAGAUGUGUGGUAAGCCAUUGGCAGAAGCCAAGUUUGGGUCUGAUCCAGGAGUAUGGUGUAAUAACCUCUUCUAUUGCAUUACAGAGCUCCCUUAUGGUGCUGUAGUUUUUGAUCUAGUUACUGAAACCUGGUCUGAGCUGACAGUGCAGAUGCCUUCUUCAUUAGCAUCACCCUCCUUGGUUGAAUCCUGUGGACGCCUUCUGAUGAUUGGAAGAGUUAUGGAGCGAGAUGAAACAGAAGACUCUGCCAGAAAGAUUAUCAUAUGGGAGCUUGAUCUUGGUAGAAAGGAAUGGGUGGAAAUCAGGACGGCACCCAUUGAAAUCUGCAGGGUUUUCUCAGCACCACUGGCAUUUUAUGCCCCAUUUGUUUGCUCAGGCCUAGGAAAUCAAAUAUACAUCACCACCCACAGAAAUCCCCAUGUCCUUGUUCAUGAUCUCUGCAGGAACACAUGGCAAUGGCUUCCAUCUGAUCCAUUUUUUCCCAGGAGGAGGGACUUCCAUUUAGUGGGAUUUCCAUUUGAGCCUAGACUUGAUGCAUCCCCAUAACUGUAUGUCAUAAAAAUCCAGACAUCAGUCUGAUGUACAGUCUCUGUAAUGCUAAGAAAGUUCUGGAACUGCUAAAGUAUGGCAAUAAUGAAGGACAAAAUAUUUCUUUUCCAUAUUCUACCAAUCAAACAGGUAAGGUACCUAUCAUCCAUUUGUAUAUGGUUGCAAAAUAUUGUUUGUGUGGUCCUCUGAGCCUGCAAAAGUCUCUGUUGAAGAUGUUACAUAAAUGUCUAGUCAUGGGCCAUUUGACUAUAACACUUUCAUUACAAGUUGGAGGAGAACUACACUUGGAUAAGUUUCUUUCUUCUAUGGAUUAUUGGAAUGUAAUUUUCAAUGUUUAAGAAGUUACCAAGUUGGGUAUUUUGA